ACCUUGACUCUACUUCCUAUGCUAUGAUACAGAUGAUACAGAACCCAAACCAAAAUAUUAAAAGGGAAUGUCCUCUUCCGCAACCAGAGCGGCGUGCUCGCUUCCAUCCUGUUUGUUGUCCUCGUCAACAUCAACCCAGCCGUCAUCAUUGUUGUCAUUAUUGUCGUUAUCGGCGUCAGAGUCAGAGUCGACGUCCAUACCCGGAGCACCGACCUUGACCUUCUUUGCCAGUCUCAGCAGGUCCAACCCUCUCGGUGCCCGAUUGAAAGACACUGAGGAGGAAGUAGUAGUAGUGGUAGUAGAAGCACCACCAGUCUUCUCCUCGGUGACCUUCCGCGACGUAGUGAUGAGCUUAUACCGCUCCUCGCUAUUAGCCACCUUUGUCUGCAGCAUGCCGUUCCUGCUCUCUGCCUUUUCGAUCCGGCCACGUUUCCGUUUCGAGAUAUGCAGCGGCGACUGUCUCUUCAUCUUUGGCUGCUGCUUUUCGGAUUUGUAUGCCACCGGGGUCGACUCGUUCGCGCCGUCGUGGAUCACGGGCUGUGGAGGCGGUUCCGGCAUCUCGCGACGCGCAGCGCGCUUGUUGCUCUUGUUUGCCUGCUUCUUUGCCAUUGCGCUUGCGUCUACGACCUGAAAGGAAUACAAACAAUAAACAGAACAAAAUCAAAAAAAACUUUUUGAAGACCUGAGCGAGCGGCAAAAGACGC